ACUAGGCGUGGUCGCACGCUCUGUUCGGGCCCGACCCAGCGCUGAAGCGAAAAGCUUCGAUCCCACGCCACACGGGCCGCCGCCGCCGAUUUGUCGCCGGCGGUAUUGCCCGGCCACCUACCCCGAAGCGCACCGCCUCAUCGCUGUCCCGCAGAGGUGGCCUCGCUUUCCUCCCAAAACCGUUGUCGCGGGAGCUUAAGCUGAGGCGGAAACCCUAGCCGCGUCGAUGGCGGGGGAGCUGGGGCAGCAGACGGUGGAGCUGGGGUCCGUGGUGCGGCGGGCGGCGGAGGAGUCCUACCUGGCGCUGCGGGAGCUUGUUGAGAAGUCGCAGGCCGAGUCUGACUGGAAGGGCGCCUAUGGUGGGCGGCAGCGGUCGGACUCCGAGAAGAAGAUUGACCUGCUCAAAUUCAUCGCCCGCACCCGCCAGCGCAUGCUCCGCCUCCAUGUGCUCGCCAAGUGGUGUCAGCAGGUUCCUUUGGUUCAGUACUGUCAGCAACUUGGAUCGACCCUUUCUAGCCAUGAAACAUGCUUCACCCAAACAGCUGACUCACUGUUCUUCAUGCAUGAGGGGUUGCAGCAAGCACGAGCUCCUACAUUUGAUGUUCCUUCUGCUUUAGAGGUUAUGCUUACAGGCAGUUAUCAGAGGUUACCAAGAUGUAUAGAAGAUAUAGGGAGCCAAAAUAAACUUUCUCCAGAUGAAGAAAAGCAUGCUUUGCAGAAGCUGGACACCAGUGUGCGCUACAAAGUACUUGUGACUCCAAGACCCAAAGAAGUAUCUAACAUUUCAGUAACUGACGGGAUAGCUGUUUUUCGUGUGGAUGGAGAAUUUAAAGUUCUUCUUACAUUAGGUUACCGUGGUAACCUAGAUUUAUGGAGGAUACUGCACAUGGAGUUGCUUGUUGGUGAGAAGAAUGGCCCUAUUAAGCUGGGAGAAAUCAGGAGAUUUGCUCUUGGUGAUGAUAUAGAAAGAAGAAUGGCAGUUUCUGAGAAUCCCUUUUCUGUGCUGUAUGCUAUACUUCACGAGUUAAGCAUUUCACUUGCUAUGGACACUAUCAUUAGGCAGGCUAAUGUUCUUCGACACGGAAGGUGGAAGGAAGCAAUAAGUUCUGAACGUAUCUCAGACAGCACCAUAGGUCAAACUGGAAAUGCUGCUGUAAUGCAGCUUGGUCAAGACGGGGAGUUUGAUUCAAGUGGUUUUAGGUUGCCUGUGUUGAAAUUGAAUUACUGGUUGGAUGGAAAAAACAGUGGCCCAGCAGAAUCUGAUUUUUCCCCAUUUAUCAAAAUUGAGGCAGGGCAAGACAUGCAGAUAAAAUGCCAGCAUAGCUCAUUUAUACUUGAUCCUUUGACAGAUAAAGAAGCUAGGCUUUCUCUUGAUCUGUGCUGCAUUGAUGUUGAGAAACUCAUUUUAAAAGCAAUUGCUUGCAAUAGGCACACACGUCUUCUCGACAUUCAGAGACAAUUGUGCAAAAAUGUGCAAAUUUCCCAGUCACCCAAAGAUGUCAUCCUGAAGCGGGAUGUUGGUGCAGCAAAGGCACCACAUAAGAAGACAGAGAAAGCAAGCUUUGCAGAUUUUUGUGGAAAUGAAGUGCUUCAAGUGCGGGCAUAUGGUCAAGCGUAUAUUGGUCUUGGAGUAAAUAUCAGGAGUGGUCGUUUCAUCCUACAAUCACCAAAGAAUAUCUUACCUCCUCCUGCAUUGCUGGAUUGGGAAGAAGCUCUAAACAAAGGCAGUAACACAGCGACUGAGGUUUUCUCAAGCUUAAGGACUAGGAGCAUCCUCCAUCUGCUUGUAUCUACUGGAAGUUUUUUUGGCCUCAAGGUUUAUGAGCAGUCUCAGGGUACUCUAAAGAUUCCAGAGGCCAUAUUACAUGGUUCAGAUCUGAUGGUCAUGGGAUUUCCUCAAUGCGCAAAUGCCUAUCAUCUGUUGAUGCAACUUGAUAAGGAUUUCAGGCCUGUUUUUCAUUUGCUUGAGACACAGUCUGAUGCAAGCAAUAAGUUUAAUGCAAAUAUAGAUGCCAAAGAAGCAAUGAGGGUAAACAAGAUUGAUAUUGGGCAGAUGGAAAAAAUAAAAUAUGAAAAGAAUUCAAAUUCUUUUGAUGCCAAGCUGCAUUCCCUACAAAGUAUAGAGAACUGUGACAACAUGAUGGACAAUGAACUUCUCAUUCAGAAUAGUGUUGAUCCUCUUCCACUGCUGCCUGCUUGUUCACCAUCUUUUUCAUCUCUUGUUGAUGAGACCUUCGAAUGUGAACAUGGUUCUAGUUUGCCUUCUGCUUCUCCUGUGCGCUCUCUUUCACUUGGUCCUCAAGGCAUAAGCACCAGAGCUAUUUCACCGAUGCAGGAUGGGGCCUUGUCUCAUGCCCAAGCUAAUAAUACCUCAAUAGUUCGUCCUGGUGUCGGUGUGAACAGCUAUUUCCCAACUAGUUUGAGGCACUUACAGAGUACAAAUGCCUUCUCGUCCUCUAACCCUGUAAGAAAUUCAUCUGCUAUCAAGUUGUCAAACUCUAAAUCUAAUCAUGACCUGAGUUCAUUGAGCUCUCCAAGUGAGCAUGGUAUUGCAGAUGGAAAUAAACCAUUUCAACUUGCCCCUUCAAGCAUGUUGCCUGCUCAUUUGGUUCGAUCUUCACCUGCCAUUGAAGGAUUAGGGAAGGCCAUCACUGUAGGCUCUGAUUGUGCACCUAGAAAGCGCCCUCUUUCAGAUUUCCUGCUAGAUCUCCCUUCACUGCAAGGACUGAAAUCCAGUGAGCCAAAUAAGCGAAGAAAAAUAUCAGAAUCGGCGAAGAGUUCCCUUACUUUGCAGGCAUACUCUUCUAGUUCACAAUCAGGAACCAGUCUCACCCAUGGAAAUAUUCUUGCCGAAAGAAGUAAUUGUGUUCCAGCCACUGUGUAUGCUUCAGUGCUACUACAUGUAAUAAGGCACUGUUCGCUAUGCAUCAAGCAUGCUCAACUAACUGCCCAGAUGGAUUCUUGUGCCAUUCCGUAUGUCGAAGAAGUGGGCAUGCGAUCACCAUCCUCAAAUCUUUGGUUCAGGUUACCGUUUGCUCAAGAUGAUUCUUGGAAACACAUAUGCUUACGCCUUGGGAAGGCUGGAAGCAUGUCAUGGGACGUUAGGAUAAAUGAUCCACAUUUCAAGGAACUUUGGGAACUCAAUGGAGGAAGCACCUCAACACCGUGGGGUGUUGGUGUACGCAUAGCUAACACAUCUGAGAUGGAUUCACAUAUCUCUUUUGACGCGGAUGGUGUUGUUUUAACUUAUAGCACUGUUGAUGCAGAUAGUGUUAAGAGGCUUGUGUCAGAUUUACAACGGCUUGCCAAUGCACGCGUAUUUGCUCGUGGAAUGAGGAGAUUGAUCGGUGUAAAACUUGAUGAUAAGCUAGAUGACAACCAUAUAUCUGUGGGGAUAAAAUCGCAGUCUGUUAAUAAAGGCCAUAAUGAUGCUGACAGGUUAUCUGAACAGAUGGGAAAGCCAUUCAGGAUUGAAGCUGUUGGCCUAAUGAGCUUUUGGUUCAGUUAUGGCCAUAUGCCAAUGGUUCACUUUGUUGUCGAAUGGGAAACUGCUAAGGAAGGUUGCACGAUGCAUGUUUCUCCUGACCAGCUUUGGCCACACACAAAGUUUUUGGAGGAUUUCGUGAAUGGUGGUGAGGUUGCAUCCUUCUUGGAUUGUAUUCGGCUAACAGCAGGACCUUUACUUGCUCUUGGGGGUGCAAUUCGUCCUGCACGGAUGCCUGUAACAGUUUCGACUGGGUACAGCUCAAUGUCAAAGCAAACUAAUAAUGUCCCCUCCCAGGGGCCACUAGCAAAUGGUUCAUCUGCAACAACUAUGCAUCAUGCAUCUGCCCCAUCAAAUGGUACAGCCCAUUUGGGUGGUCAUACUCUUCAUACUGCGGCCAUGCUCUCCGCUGCUGGACGGGGUGGACCUGGACUUGUUCCUAGUUCAUUGCUGCCUUUUGAUGUUUCCGUCGUGCUUCGGGGGCCAUACUGGAUACGCAUUAUAUAUCGCAAGAAGUUUUCUGUUGACAUGCGUUGCUUUGCCGGGGAUCAGGUUUGGCUACAGCCUGCAACCCCUCCGAAGGGUGGGCCUUCAGUUGGCGGGUCAUUGCCAUGUCCACAAUUUAGACCUUUCAUAAUGGAGCAUGUUGCUCAAGGUCUAAAUGCUCUUGAACCUGCUUUCAUGAAUGCUACACAACCUGGUCCACACUUAAAUACUAGUGCUGGAGCUCCACAAUCUGCUCCUAUUGCAAACCGGUUAAAUGCUACCCCUGGUGGUGCUAUGUCCAGGCCAACUUCUAGUGUUGCCAACCAUGUAGCAGCUAGUUUGAGUCGAGCAGGAAAUGCCAUGUUGUCUUCUUCAGGUCUUGCUUCAGGGAUUGGUGGGGCUUCUGUGCGACUAACACCUGGAACUGGCCUUCCCGUUCAUAUGAAAGGAGAACUAAACACAGCCUUCAUUGGGCUUGGGGAUGAUGGUGGCUAUGGUGGUGGUUGGGUUCCGUUGGCAGCUCUCAAGAAGGUGUUAAGAGGGAUUCUUAAGUACCUUGGAGUUCUAUGGUUGUUUGCACAGUUGCCUGAACUUCUGAAAGAGAUAUUGGGGUCAAUUUUGAAGGACAACGAAGGGGCCCUUUUGAAUUUGGAUCAAGAGCAGCCUGCACUGCGGUUCUAUGUGGGAGGUUAUGUAUUUGCAGUUAGCGUCCAUCGGGUUCAACUGCUUCUACAAGUUCUUAGUGUUAAGCGGUUUCACCACCAGCAACAGCAACAGCAAGCUCAGAGCAAUGCUCAGGAGGAGCUGACAUCAGCCGAGAUCAACGAGAUAUGCGAUUAUUUCAGUAGGCGUGUUGCCUCUGAACCUUAUGAUGCUUCAAGAGUUGCUUCUUUUAUCACUUUGCUUACAUUACCUAUAUCGGUGCUGAGAGAAUUUUUGAAGCUGAUUACUUGGAAGAAGGGGUUUUCCCAGGCUCAUGGCGACAUUGCAACUGCUCAGAGGGCUCGCAUUGAGCUUUGUUUGGAAAAUCACUCAGGAUCAGCUUCAGAUGAUAGAGCAGAAAGCUCUUUAGCUAAGAGCAAUAUUCAUCAUGAUAGAGCCCACAGUUCAGUAGAGUUUGCUCUCACGUUUGUACUUGACCAUGCACUCAUUCCUCACAUGAACGUAGCUGGUGGAGCUGCCUGGCUUCCUUACUGUGUAUCUGUGAGACUGAGGUAUUCUUUUGGAGACAACAGCCAUAUAUCGUUCCUUGCAAUAAAUGGGAGCCAUGGUGGGAGAGCUUGCUGGUUGCAGUCUGAAGAUUGGGAUAGAUGUAAGCAGAAGGUGGCGAGGGCAGUGGAGACUGUGAAUGGGACCCCUGCCGUUGCAGAACCCGGCCAAGGAAGGCUGCGAAUGGUUGCUGAGAUGAUACAAAAGCAACUCCAACUUUGUCUACAGCAGCUGAGAGACGGACCGCUUUCGGCUGGCUCGACUGCUUCAUGAGAUAACAACUAGCAAUUUAGAGCCAGGUUAGAUAAAUUUUGUUGUAGUUCCUUUGAGAUGGCUGUGUUGACAUUUGGCCUUGGGUAGCAGAAUGUCAGAGCCCCAAAGAAAAGAAAAGAAAAGAAAUGCAAGCAUGUCUAUUGGCAGUUCGUGCCAGGGACAGCGGCUCUGAGGUGACAGAUUGCUGAUUUAUAUGGCAAUUUUGUACAGCAAAACUGUGUUGUGGUGGUGGUUGUGUUCACAAGCUAUCUCAGGCGCUGUCAGUUUAGUCGAUAAGGAUGGAUUCGGUUUGGUAGGCGUCGUGUACAUUACAUAUGGUAUUCUUACUUGGACUGACAUUCUGUUUGCUUGUAAAGCUAGGAGACUUCCCUAAUUGUGUCUAUGAUUCCUCAGAAGAAUGUUACUUGUAGCAAAUGAAGUUGCUUGAACCCCCUUA